CAAACUCCAUUUUGGAAAAACAGCUGUUUGAAGACACAACCUUUCUCCGCUAUUUGCCGACGGAACCGUGAGAAAAACGGUCUGGCUCUGACCCACUUCUCAGCAGAUCUCCUGCCUGGAUUCCGGCUCCGGUCCAGUCCGGAGGAGCUGCGGUUCUGUCCGACUGUCAGGAAACUUACCCGGAGAUCCAUGGUGUUCGGUUUGUGUUCUAACAAGUGGAUCACAGAAGGAGACCCGACCAAGGUGUAAUGAGAACGCUGGCCAUGGACAGAUGAUGGACGUGGAGACGUCGUACUCAGACUUCAUCAACUGUGAUCGCACAGGCCGCAGGAACGCAGUGCCCGACAUCGCCGGGGAGGGGACAGCAGGGGCCAGCACGAGUGAACUGACCAAAGACCUGGCAGAGAUGGAUCUGAAGCCUGCAGGGGGAGAGCCAGGGGCCUCCCCUGCCCCAGAGGCUGAGGGCUCCACUAGCCAAGACACCCAAGGAGGUGGAGGUCCGUCCUAAAGUCAUCCAGAGACAUGAAGAGCAGAAGCAGGAAGAAGUAAGGAGGAGGGGAAAGAGGAGGUGGACAUGGAGACACUUUGGCUCACUGCCGGCACAUUUGGAGCCCCCGCCACCCCAAAUGUGGCCUUUUUACUGGAUCAGGUUGUAAGAUGUGGGAUCAGGACAGAGUCGGACUGACAGCAGGAAUGAUGCUGCAGCUUCAGUUAUUUCUAUUCCUGAUGAAACAAGAAAGCACAGAAACUUUGGAUUGAUGUGUUAAGAUGGACUGAUCAGAAUUAAUUUAUAACACUCGACAUUUCUCCAGGCUAACGUGGACCUUCUCAUCUGUUUGUCACUUUUCUUUCUCUCUGUGUGUUUGUGAGCUUCCUGUUCAGUUUCAUUGUUGUUAUUUUUUUCUUAUAUUAACCAUUAUAGUCUCCAUUUACUGUCGUACUUCAUAUUUAUUGCUAAAUGUAAAGUGAUAACUUUGUGAUAGAAAUUUUCUUUGUGUAAUAAAAAAAUUUCUGAGUUACUGUAA